CAGUCCCUGGAAUGAAGAUGGAGAAGAGAGUUUCUUGCUCGCAGGAUCUGUACGGAGUAGGGGGGUCAGUCAUACAGAUGCAGUAAAGCUUAGGGUUGGGGUCUGAGAGCUUGACAGCAACGACAAGGUAAGAAAGACAGCCAGUUACCUGGCAGUUACUGGGUAACUACCUAAGGUAACUAAACACCUACCUACUGAUGUGCGGAGUAGUAGAUACGGAGGAGGUACGGAGUACAUACAGGACAUGUGAUUUUGUAUUGUUUGCAUCCACCCAUCCAAAAUUGGAAGGUGUCAACUUGAACUUCACUCGACGACAACAACGACAAACAAGCAUCACUCUUUCAUCACAUCCAUCACCAGCUACUGCAUAUGGAGUACUCUGUACUCCGUACUCGUACUACGGAGUAACCUGUACAGCUGAGUCUCAGACAGCAAGGAAAUUGCCCCAUCGUCUCCAUGCCCAAUACCCCAACAGAUCGAUUCAAUCAUUCCCAACCUGCGUGCAACAUGACUUGACCUUUUGUCAGUCAAAGCGCGGGCCAACUCACAGUGGCGGCUUUGCAGAAAUACGGAGUAUCUGCUGGCCAGCUGCUGAACAUCGAUUCAGUGCAGCUGGUGGAUCCAGGAGGCGUCCGUCCUGCAUCUCGAGCUUCCGCGCUGCAAUGCUUGCGAUCGGCUUCAUUUCCGCCAAUCUACUUACCAUAACACUCAUGCGGGGAGGGGAGGCUGUCCUGGGGGGGCAUUGAGGCUUGCCAUGAACAGCAUAUUCAUCCCUUGGCAGCCACACGGAUCGCCCGUGCUUACCAGCUGUGGCGUUACUGCAGCCACAGAGCCAGCCUGCAGCUCAAAGACCCUUGCUUUUGCUCUUGUCUGUGGCGAAUGACAAGACCUCGAAUGAGAUUGUGGCGCUGGAUGACAUCUUUGUUAUCGAUUUGGUGGCAGAUGUCCUGGGAAAUCGCAAC